GCAUUUGCCCCUGUCAGUCAGCCUUGACUGCCCCCCUUUCCUCUCAGCUUACCCCAUAGGUUGGUCUCACUCUUUUUCCGUCGUGCUCACAUUAGUCCGGUCUGUGUCUCCGGCAUUGACCAGUUACUGACAGCUCUGCUCCGAGUCUCUUAUUGCAAAAGUCUUAACUGAUACACAGGUGCUGGACUCGACUAAAAGAAACCCCAUCUCUUUGUGGUCCCAGAUUCCGAGGGAGGACACCUGAUUUUGACAAACAGGCAAAACGAGCUGCAGUGCUGGACUCCUGCAGUGAUUCCAGAAUAAUUCCUCAUUAGCUGGCCCGGUCCCGGCUCUGAACAUGGCCUCGUUGAGAAGUUUGAUUCUAGCAGUAUUGCUGGCGCUGCUUUGCAGCUUCCACACCCCGUUGGCUCCCGGCGUCAAGGCCCAGGACCUGCCGCUGCGCCACGAGCAAGGUCUGAUGGCUGACGACGACGACGACGACGAUGACGACGAUGACGACGACGAUGAUGACGAUGAUGACGACGACGAUGACGACAAUGAUGAUGAUGACGAUGACGACGAUGAUGACGAUGACGACGACGACGAUGAUGACGACGAUGACGAUGAUGAUGAUGACGACGAUGAUGACGACGACGAUGAUGAUGACGAUGAUGACGACGAUGAUGAUGACGACGAUGACGACGAUGAUGAUGAUGAUGAUGACGAUGAUGAUGAUGAUGAUGAUGAUGAUGAUGAUGAUGACGACGAUGAUGAUGACGACGAUGAUGAUGACGAUCAUGAAGGUGACGAUGAUGACGACGAUGAUGAUGACGAUGAUGAUGAUGACGACGAUGAUGACGAUGACGAUGACGACGAUGACGAUGAUGAUGACGACAAUGAUGGGACUUAUCACAAGGGCUCUGUGUGCUCAUAUUGUGAAUUCUGUGAGCACUGUGACAGCUGUGAUAAAUGUCCUUGUAAAGAGGGAGACAAGUCUGAACACUGCGAUGACUGCAAGAUGUGUAGUUUCUGCCAUGUGUGUCCUGCUUGCCAAACGGUUUGCCAACCCGGGGGUUUUCUUGAUGAAGUGACUGGAUCUAUCUACAAGACUGUAGCUGAUGUAUUUGAUGACGCCGACGAUGACAACUAAAUCCGUAUAUGUUGCCACCAUGUGGCCAAACUAAUAUGGUUCACCUUCACUUCUGAUAUUUCAUUGUUAUUUUUGUCUUUUUCCUUGAGAGCAUUUCACUUUUGCUCACCAAUGACUGAAUAUACAUUGUUAAAGCUAAAUAACUAAAUUAUUAUUAUUUGUGUACUGUUGUGAACUGACAAGUCGUACUGUACUUUUAAGGAACUCAAUUAUUUAUAGUCAUAUUUGGGAUGAAUAAAAAAGAGGGGACAUUUUCACUAAUUGAUUUAGGAGUGCUUAUUAGACUGAAUGAAAUGCCAUUUAACAAUAACACACAGGGAAAUAAUUUUGUAUGGAAAAAAAGGCAAUUUAGGACUGCAUAGACUUGGACUUGAGUAUGAAUGAUGACAUAAUCAAAAACGUCUCCAUACACUAGCAUGGACAUUGUGGUGGAGCUAGAUUACAAUUUGAGCUCAUACUUUUGCACAUAGGUAUGCAGCUAAUACUUUAAAUAAAUUGUCCUUGAAGUUGUAACUCC